CCCGACAUUAAGUUGAAAAGUGUACGCCAGACAGGCAUGGUUGUGGACAGCUAGGUCCUGGCACUUUUGCCCUCAGCGUUAGUAUAAGGUGUAUGGGUCUUUGUUCCGCGAAAGCCCCCAAGCUUAGGCUGCCCCUGACGUUCGCCUGACAAGUUACUGGCAUGUGUGUCUCGUGAUGCCGUCGCUCUGGGUCGCGUGAAAUUCUCUUUCUGCCCGGGACGGGUGUCGGCACUCCGGGCUGCGAUGGCAGGCGUCACCCGGUGAUCGGGCCCGCAUCUCUCCCAACUGGGAGCAAUGUAUAAAGCAGUUCUCAGAACUAGACCUGGGUAUCUUCCUAAGGUGGGGUCUUAAGUCCACCUUAACGAAGAAAUUGUAGUUCCGGGUUUCUGCGGGAGAUGCAUCGCUGGACGUGGUCCGUGCCUUAAGGAUCGUACCAGUGACAUCAGAAAGACAGAUUCUCUCUUCAUUCUCUACGGAUUUCACAAGAGAGGAUGGCCUGCUGAUAAGCAGACACUGGGACUUGCAAUGAGGUGUUAGAACCUUGUUUCACUUUAUCCAAGUGACUUGACCUAAAUGGCGCAGCAUGACUUUGCUCCAGCCUGGCUUAAUUUCCCUACACCGCCGUCAUCCACAAAGACCUCUCUAAACACUGAGAAGCAGCCUGAAAACUUGGUGCGUCCGGACAGCCGUUACCACGUGAUCCGGAGACGCCACAAUUCUUCAGAUGCGUUUGAUGCCGCUAUUGGCCGUCCCAGUGCUGGUAAUUUUGGAAGAAAAGACAAAAAUGGCUGGCGUUCCCAGGGCAGGAACGGGUCUGAGAAUAUAAAUCUCAGUGGCUCCUUCAAUGGUACAAGCUACCGUUCCCGUAGUAGCACGUUCCACGGUGGGAAAAGUCACGGCAGUCGGGAGGGCAGUUCUUCAGAGAAUGAUGUGACUCGAAAAGAUGACCGCGAAAGACGCAAGCAGUUCGAAGCUGAAGACUUUCCUUCUCUGAACCCUGAGCAUGAAAAGGAAUUGAACCAAAACAAGUCUCCUCCUGCAGGAGUGUGGGAAUACCCUUUAAAUACUAAAUCUAGAACUUCUCGAAUGCUGAUCAUUAGGAAAGGGAUGAAAGAUGAUUUCUCACUAUGUGGAUAUCCAAUUACAACAAGCACCCGCUGUCCUCCGGUGAAGGCUGGAACAGAUAUUGCUACGGGUCUAGCACCAAAAGAAACACAUACUACCAAGGAACACCACUAUCUGCAGUUGGAAGUAAAUGCUCUGGGAACAACUUUCUGCCUGGAUUCUUCUCAUGAAGACUUUGGGGACAAUAAAUGUGCAAAUUCUGAUUUUCUAGAUGUAUCGCAGUCUUCAGUGGAAGAGGAGGAGGAUGCUUCCAUUUUUCAGCAUGAACGGGAUAUAAACUUGAACUUUGAUCAGAGUGAAAUUCCCCAAGGGAACAGCAACUCUUUCACUUCCAAGCAUAUCACAGAGUCUUCUGCCUUCCCUCAGGAGGACGUGCUGUCCAGCUCAUUGGAAGCAGAGCACAGGUUGUUGAAGGAAAUGGGAUGGCAGGAGGACAGUGAGAAUGAUGAAACCUAUGCACCACUAACAGAAGAUGAGAUGAAGGAGUUCCAAGCCAUUAGUGAGCAGCUGCAGAAGAACGGUCUCAGGAAGAACGGGGUCCUCAGAAACGGGCUUUCUUUUGAUUUAAAGUUUGAUCUCUGGAAACACAGCACUUUCACCACCGCAGACGACAUUGAGGACACUGAGACCAGUAGCAGUGACACUUCAGAUGAUGACGAUUUGUGAGGAAUUGACAAAGACGUUUUCGUGACACAAACCUUCCCCUACCCCCCCCUCUUUUUCCUCUGGAGGGUAAUUGUGAAAACUUGCUGCAGUUCAAUGCUCAUCCUUUUGGUGGCGCCACUACGCAGACAAUAUUAUGCUGUGUUUAUCUCUCUACUUAAUUGCAAAAGGACACUGUAGACUUGAAGGUUCCGAUUGGCUCAGCAUAUAUUCUUUCCUUGUAGCAGCUGUGUUCUGAAUGAUAAUGUGACGGUAUAAAAGGGGUUAUUUCUAGAAUAAAACAAGCUAAUCGUCAUAUUCCGCCAAGGUUUCUGUUAAACUGUCUUCUAAACAAACAAACAAACAAAAAAAGCACUUUAAUGAUGAUUUCCUCUUCCCUGAUAUUUUCUCCCCUUCCCUUCAUGUCUCAUACAAAUGAUGUAGCAUGUUUGUUAGGUAGAAUAUUCUGUUUCUUGGGGCCUUGAAACAAAACCGCUUUGUUACUGUAAUUACACAGAUUAAAUGCAUUUUUUUUUUUU